CCCACUAUUUUUAGAUGUCGUUGACAAAAAAAGAUCCAUCAUUUUGUGUGGCGGCAAACGAUCCACACCUGGUCAGUUUGGGCGGAGGACGUUUGAGUACGGCUGUAACAAUACAUAAUAUACCAAUUGGUGACACAACAAUUGGCUCAUCGACCCAUUGUAAUAUUUCCUUAAACGGCAGCGGCAUCCGUCCCCUUCAUUGUACCAUAUAUCGCAGUGAAAGUAAUGAAGUAACCCUGGUGCCCGAACGUGAUGCCCGUAUUUUAAUUGAUGGCAAUAAAAUUAUGGAGGAAACAAAUUUGACCCAGGGAGCCAUGAUAACCGUUGGCAAGUCUUACUAUUUACGUUUCAAUAAUCCGGCUGAGGCUCAUCAAAUACGCACAGCCAUGGGUUCGAGUGAAAGAAUUUCAAUGCCCCAGCUAGAUUUUAGUCAAAGGAAUUCCAGUAAAAGUUCUUCGGAUAGUAUGAUGAGUGGAGAUGCAAUAGAGAUUGAGGAGUUCUAUGAGAGUAAUAUUCAGCCGGCAGCUACUAGGCAAAAUAAUAAUAUAAACAACAAUAGUAGCAUCAGUGGUAGCUCCAACAACAAGAAAUCAUUCUCCAGCUACAACAAUUUACCUCCCAUUGACAUCAAUGGUUUGCAGUGUCCCAAAGUUUUCACAGCCGAUUUGGUUACCGUAAAUCUACCAGCUGAGGAUGUGCUGGGCAAGAAAUUCACACCGAAAUAUGUACAGACCAUGGCUGAGGCCCAAAGGAAUGAAAAGAAUCUCUUGAAUGCCCGAAGGAAUUUCAAUCAAUCCAAACAAAAUAAUAAUAUUUACGAUAAUGUUCCGCUAACCUCAGUUGCAGCCAUGGCGGCAGGUGCAUCCUCCUCACCCAAACACCAUCAUCAGGAUCAUGAAAAUUCCACAAAAGUCAAAAAUAAUGCCUAUGAUCGCUAUCCGAAAUUGGGUCAUUUACAAAUUUUUCCUAUGAACAGUAUUAACAGUGAAAUGAAUACGAACACCACCACUUCUCCCAGUCAAGGGGUGGCAAGUCCCACAAAUAACUCCAACACAGCAACACCCCUCUCAAUUUAUAAUAAUUUCCAAAACUCCAAAGCCGGAGAUCAAGGGAAGACCAAAACGAUUAGCAACAAUGAAAAGGAACACUUGGAUGAUAUGUUAAAGAUAUGCAGUGAAUAUACGGAUAGGCAAAAUCAAGUGGCGCCCAAUGCGACCAAUAACAACACCAAUGCCUCCAGCAAUUCUUCACCAAUAGUACAAAAUCGCAUUAUAACAAAUGGUUCCUUACCUAGAGAAAGGAAAUCUCCCUUCCAAAACAAUGACAUGCAAAAGUCUUUCGAAGGGAGUUUUAAUAAUCUAUCAGUCACUGGAACCACUUCGGCGGAUAAUCCCAGUGAAAACAUUUACAAUUCAAGUGGUUAUGAAAACGUGCGAGUCUUGGGACCCAAACGCGUUGAAAUCAAUGGCCAAUCUAACAGUUCCAUGGAAAAUUAUGAAAAUGUGGUGGUAGGGAAAUAUGUACCACAAAGUCCACGAACCAAAAUAAGAACCACAUGUAUGUCACCGAAAAAGGAACAAAGUUUCAAUGCUAUCAUUUCACAAAAAGCCGAACCCCAGGCACAAACACGUACCACCCACAACUCGAGCAGCAGCAACAAUAAACAAUUGGAAUAUGAUGAACUUCUUAGGACUUUUGGAGAAAAGUUACAAAUCGAAAUGGAGGCCAUAGAAGAAAGUAGUCGCUAUCAACCACCUACAUAUAGUUCUGGUAGUUCCUCUGCCAGUUCGGCUGCACAUUCACCAAAUUACAGCAACAACACCGCCAGUCGUAGUAAUCGUAAUGUUCACAAUCUGAAAUUGAAUUUACGUUUACCCAGUUCAUUGCAAAACUCACCGAAAUUAAAUAAGAAACCAGCACCGGCUCCUAGGACUUUACUCAAGUCCGCGAAUAAUUCGGGUGGUAGUUUGCCGCAACUGCAGGCAACAAAGAACGACAUUGAUCCCUAUAAGGUUAAAUUGGAAUUGGAGCUUCAAGCUUUACAGGAUAAAAUACAUCGCCUGGAAGCCCAACGUAAUGCCACCCGUGUUAUGGAAGAAACCCAACAGGCCAAAUUGAAGCAGUCAAUUGAAAUGAAAAUGGAUCAAAUCAAGAAAUUAAAAAAUAUGCUAGCGGAGAAACCCGACAACGAUUGUCUAAAAGAUGAAUUGAAAAAUAUCAGUGAAUCGUUGGAAAAUGAUCGUAAAACUUUUGAAGAUUUGGAAUUUCAAUAUUUGGAAGAAGAAUCGGAAUGGCAUGCCUAUCAUGAAGAGCUGAAAGCGGAAGCCAAACAAAUGGCAAUCAAAUUGGGAGAAUUUACCAAUCAACAACAACAACAAUUUAAACCAUUCGAUAUAGGUGAAGCCAUUGGCAUUAUGUCCCAGUCUCUAUUUGGUUCGGCGGAAAUGUUAUGCCCACGACGUCAUACGGAAGAUGUAAUGUCACGUAGUGUAAAUGAAAAUAUGUUUUUCAAUAAUAAAAUUGAAUUGCCGGGAACGAAUGGUGGAGUUGGUAAUGGUAUGGCAAAUACCAGCACACCCAAGCGUCCUCAAUUACAAAUCGUAAAUAUAGAUGAUGAUGAAUCGGCAUUUAGUAGUGCUGUACGUUUUAAUUUAUCUUUGGAUACGGACGGGUUUGAAGUUAACCCCUUGGAGAAACGUGUACCAUCGCAGGAUGAUAUCGAUCGUAUAUCGAAAGUAACAUCCGAUGCUCCGAUAUCAUCAAACAAAGAAGGAGCUAGCACGAAAAUAUUCGAUUCGAUUAAGGAAAUUGAAAGGAAUCGCCAGUUGUUGUUGGCCCAGCAAGGUCACCAUGUUAUUGAACAUGAACGGCAAAAGAUGAACGACCUAAAGAAGAGGAGUCACAGUGAAGCACGUGCCCAAUAUCUAUCUAUGGUUAAUAGGAAGAGCGAUGACUGCAUGACUAAUAGCGAGGAAUCUCAAACGGAUUUACCUCUUCAGCAGCAGAAGCAUCACCAGCAACAACAGCAGGAACAACACCCUAUGCUGGACAAGGAAAAUCAUCGACCAACGGCCGUAGAAAGAAAUAACAUUAAAGUGAAAUCGAAUAAAUCAACGAAUAACGAAGAUGGAGAUUCAUCAAAUCAG